AUGUAUACAGAGAAGCUGAACCUGAACUCGGAGAACGAGAAGAUCACGAGUCUGGACUUCCAGCCGUGUUCGACGGUCAACCGAUUGGCUAUCUCCAGUUUACACCAAAUAAAAAUAUAUCGAAUCCCAGUAUAUGACACAAGUUCAAGGAGGAAAAUACGCAUAGAGCUACUCUUCAUUAGCAAUGACCACAACUUGGUAUAUAUUAAUACGAUCAGGUGGAGUUUCAACGGGCAAUACUUGGCCAGUUGUGACAGCGGGGGGACAUUGGUAUGCUACGAACUGGACUGCAACAGGAAUGGAAAAGUACCACAGGAGGAAAUAACCCCCCUACCAAAGGAAGUAACGGCAAAUUGUGCACUAGGAAAUAUUUGCACUACACCAAACAGUAACAAUAGAGAAGACUGGAAAAUUACGAGGUGCAUAAAAAUUUUGGAGAGUGGCGAAAUUUUCGACCUGGCUUGGUCAAGGGAUAAUGAGCAUGUGGUAUGUGGCGUGUCCAAAGGAAUGGUAUAUAUUUUUAACCUAAAGAAAUCUUACAUUUCUCAGAAACUUUUUGUUAAAGGGACGAGGGAAAACAUAAAAGGGGUAUGUUUUCAUCCGACGAAUAAUUCGAUCAUCGCACAGAGUAGUGACAAUAUCGUAUGUCUGUGGAGAAAAAUAAACACCUACCCUGAGGAGAAGAAUUUGCUGCUAAUAUGCGGUGGACAAAGCGGAAGGAGUUUCGACAAAGAAGAGAAGGAAGAUACGUCUUCUAAGCAGUACGAGGGGACAAAUACAACCCAGGGGGGAGACUCCACUCAGUCGCAAAGAAUCACCAGAGAGCAUUUCGAAUGCUUGUAUGAAGAACAUAUGAACCAGACGGACAAAAACAUUGACACGCCAACGAUCAGACACAUCUAUUUCGACAGCUUUGGAAAAUAUGCUAGCAUCACUCACAUUCCAAAUGAUGGAAGAAACUGUGGCGUACUUCUGAAGAUUAAUAAUAGUGAACAGGUAAACAGGAGGAGGUUGUUCCUCGAUGGACAUGACAGCUGUAUUAGGGUUGCCAAAAUUGGCCAUAAGGUUUUCAUCGAUCGGAGGAAAAAAAAAUUAUACAGCUUGUAUUGCCAGUGUAGUGACAAUGGGGUCAUCUCCCUGUGGAAGAUUUUCCUAAAAAGGGUUAAGCACUCGGGGAGGACACACCAUCCAAGGGGGAACACCCACCUGGUCCAGGGUAGGCACCCCUCCGAAGUGGACAAACAGCAUAAACAAGCGCAACAACAACCACCACAACAACAACCAUCCAACGAACCAUCCAACGAACCACCACAACACUCACCAUCGCAACGGAGGUAUUCCCCUUCAAAUGGACAACUGCCCCAUGCAAACCGGAAGAAGAAAAAAAAAAAAGUCAACAGGUACGCCAAGUGCUUCCUAAUAAUCCAAAGCCUGCUCGAGGAACAGACCUGUGCAGUGGACGCAAGUUGGUCCAGUGUGUCCGACCAACUCGUCAUUGGCGCAUCUAACGGGUCCGUCUACAUCGUGCAAAUAAACGUUCACGCGUUGAAGCUGAAACCCUUUUACAACCAAGUCUUCCUUAAAAUUAACGAAAUUACACUCAAGUGUAACGGGGACUAUGCAGCAGACAUCGCACAACAGAGCAGCGCCAAAGUCAAGUCGGGAAGAGACUUAGUAGAAAAGAAAGCAAGGAACAGAAUAGCUCCAAGAAUAAAGUACCUCUACGAUGAGCAUGGGAACAUUGUGCAGAACGCAAAAUCGCAUGAUGUCAUUCACAUCCUGCAGUGCACAAUUUGUACUGACCAGGUGGAUCACGCCCUCUACUUUGGGAGUACUUUGAAACGGGGACCUUCUUCAGGGGGUCUCCUUUUGGGAGGGGGGAAGUAUCGUAACAGGCGUAUCAAUUAUAGAUUCAACUUUCCCUCCUUCGUGAGGUCCUUCCUUUGCGUAGUUUUCAAAUGCGUCGAGUUUGUACUGACGGGAUUACUACCCCUGUGGGAGGUGCAUGCAGCCGCUGCGGAAUCACCCCAGGAGGUCAGUAGUGAGGGCGGUCAUAGCGGUCAUAGCGGUGACAGCGGUAACAGGCGGCAGAGCAAUUAUAGCGGUGGUGGUAGUGGCAUGAGUAACGGUUUGGGUGAUUCCGUGGGUAGCGGUGGUGGAGGAAGCGGAACGAUGGGCAGUGGAGACGACGAAGAUGAUGGGAAUGACAGGGAUCGGCGAAGGGGAAAUUACGCCACGGAUGAUCAGGUAGAUGAUGAAGAAGAGGAACCACUGGAAGAGGAGGAAGAGGAAAACGAAGCAGAUGACGACGAAGGAGAUGACACCCCCAUGGGAAGUAACCCCCCCGUGGGAAGUAACCUCCGUAGUAGCAACAGCCGCAGCAGCUACAGCCGAAGCGGCCCCGUCAUGGGUGCAACAGAAGCACCGACGGAUUACAAGAGAAACACCAGGCAGAGCAAAAACAAAGGAAAAAGCAAAAAAAAAACAAAAAGUAAAGUAAAAAGUACUAAAGAAAAAAAGGUAAAGAACAGAAGCAUAAGCAGAAGCGGAAGAGAGAGGAAAGGAAGCAGACUUACCAAAAGUCACAUAGACAUUGGUCACUACUUAACUAGCAAUGAAAACCUCAGUAUCGUCAAUGUGGAAUACGUUAAUGAGGACAAUGAGGUUAUGAACCCCUACAGUAACAGCCACAUGCAUAGCAAUAGAUCUCGUAGGACCGUUUCCGGAUAUUUUCCAAAUGAUGACGGAAGCAGGUCGUCUUCCCCUAUGAGCUCUCUCCAGGAUGAUGAGUCCAUGGAUGAGAGCAGCAAAAAUAUCGAUUUGAAAAUUCUCGACAUUAUUCGGAACCAGUACAAUAAGGAGAGUAACGCAGAUACGACCAUACCUCUUCUGCAUGAUGGCCUUUGCGCCUUCCCCCCGGUGGAGGACUGCGGUGGGGGGAACAGCUACGUGAGCAAGGUGGAUGAUAAUUCCAGGUACCUGGUGAAGAAAGAGGGAAGGGGGAAUGAAGACCGGAAGAAAAAUAAAGUGAAGGAGGGCUGCGUGGUCAGCAAGAGGGACAGGAAGAAGGUUGCCAAGCGAAACGAGGGGAAGAAGAGGGUCAAAAAGGAAGGGAAGAAAAAGCCCAAAAAGGGGAGAACUACAGGGGUGGAAACGGUCAAGCAGGUCUCUAACCUGACAGCCCACGGAACCUCUGAACGCGAAGAGGAAGAAACCAAAACAGCAACGACCGUGAUGUCGGAGCGACCCAAAAGGGAAUCUCCAGAAGGACAUCCAGCAGAGGCGAUUAUUCAGUCAAUGGAGCAGUUUAAUGGAGACCCGUAUGGAGGAAUGGCGGGGAAGUGUGCGCCAAAGUCCAGGAAGGAGGCAAGGAGAGAAGCAAAAAGGGAGGCCAAGAAGGAAGCGAAGGAGGCAAGAAAAAAAGUCAAAAGGGGAGAAAAAAAUACAAACGAAAAUGGACGUGAAGACAAGGCGAUCGAGCACACGAACCGUCUAAUGGAGGACACCCAGGAGGACGGGAAGGGGGAGUAUUUGAAAGGGGAGGCACCACAUGCUGUGUGUAGUGAAACGAGGGAAGCUAAGGAGGUCAGAAGGGAGGCCAAAAGGGAAGUCAGAAGGGAAGCCAUAAAGCAUCCAAGCAAGGACCCCAGCCGAAACGUCAGCCCGAAAAAAAAGAAGAAACCUAAGAAACGCAAAAGCGGAAAAAACUCAGACAGGGAGUGGGACAAUUUCAACCCCCACGUGGAUCUCUGCUACUCGGAGGAAGCGGAGCUCGUGCCCAAAGAGCCCCCAAGAGAAAGCAAGGAAAUCAUGGAUUCAUACAAUAUAGAAAAAAACGAAACAUAUGAAGGUAAAAAUAGGGGCAGCGAAUUUUAUUCUUCCAAUGAUGUGAACGCUGGAGAGUUAUCUAGAUCGAACGAGGUUAAGGGGAACUACACAAGUGAAUGUCCUGAGGACUACAACAACCAGGACCAGACAAGCGUGACGCCCAAAUAUGGGAUGAAUCUACUAGGGGGACAGUUCUCACAACCAGGUGAGAGCAUUAGGAAAGACAGUGUAGUGAGGAGCCCUUCACUAGAGGAUGAAGAGCUGGCAUCCAGUGAGAGGAACAAUCAUAUGUGUGUAGAUGCAGAUGAAUACAGUGAGGGCUACAACGGUGAAUGCGUCGAUGAGUUCGUGGAUGCGCGUAGUAGUGUGCUUAACAGUGACUACGGGGACGAUCGGUUGGAAGGCGAUCGGUUGGAAGAUGAUCGGUUGGAUGACGAUCGGUUGGAUGACGAUCGGUUGGAUGACGAUCGGUUGGAAGAUGAUCGAUUGGAAGAUGAUCCGUUGGAUGACGAUCCUGAGGAAGGCGACCACAUGGAAGACGAUCCUGAGGAAGACAAUCGGUUGGAUGACAGUCACUUGGAAGACGACCACAUGAAAGACGAUCCCGAGGAAGACGAUCACUUGGAAGACGAUGCUGAGGAAGACGGUCACUUGGAUGACGAUGCUGAGGAAGACGAUCACGUGGAAGACGAUGCUGAGGAAGACGAUCACGUGGAAGAGGGUCAAUCUGACGACCUUGCUGAGAAAUCCUGCGAUACUCAUAGCAGUACCAACGAGGAAAGGAACGCAACGUAUAAGCGGAGCUUCGAAAGGACGAGUCCAUACAAUUCAUAUAAACGUAGAAAAAGAGAACACCCAAACAAAAAAGGCAAAGUGGAAGGAAGGAGUUUUUAUUCCAAUGGGAUAUCAGAUCAGAGACUGCACAGUGCACCAGUGAAGAAAAACGUCAUAGACAUUGGGAAUUCUGAAGAAGAGGAAGACACAUUAGUACGCGGUGAAGGUAGGAUGGAUGCAGACGGAGUGAAGAAGAACCUGAAAAAGGCAAUCUAUGUGAUUGGAGGGGGAGAGGAAGGAGACGAUGAAGAGGGAGAGGAACAUAACAGCGUGGGGGCUGAAAUAAUAAUGCUGGAUGGGGGGGUCGUGCAGGAGGUGCCCCAAGAGGAGAUGCAGUCACUGUCACAACAAUCGGGGUCAAAUCAAUCUCUGUCAAAUCAAUCAUUGUCAAAUCGAUCAUUGUCAAAUCAAUCAUUGUCGAUGCAACCAAGUGCGGUGCAACCCCUUCCGAGGAAAACGCAGCUGUACGAAGAAGCACACGGAACGCAUAACUACACAGAGAGGGAAAUCAACCUGAUCGAAGAGGACUCUGUCGAGACGGAAGAGCAAGACGGUUUGCGUGAGAUGGAGGAUGCAAUGCAAGAGGAGACAAUUCCCAAAGGAGUGAAGAAGGAAAACUAUUACGAAAGAGAUGCCAGCGGAGACAACCUCAGUGUGAAAACACUGAAGAGGUAUACAUUGGACGGAGUAAACAACAGCGGUAGUAAGAGGGUCCCAACUGAGGGGUUUGAAAAAAUCAUCGGACGGGGUGGUGGCUCCUCCAAUAGGAAUAACAUCCACGGGAAGAGGAACUGGAUAAAUGUGUCUACCUCAUCGGAGAGGGAGGAAGACACGUCCAAGAGCGGCAAAAACGGAGGCAGCACCUACAGUGAUGCAAUCAACGGAAGCAAUUCCAGUGGUGAGAGAAACCACAUAGAUAACGUCCACGUGGAAAAGUACAAAAAUAAAAUAUUUUUUUUUGACAGUAGGAGGGAAAAUUGUCUUAUCUGCUGCAUGUUGGGGGAUGGCUCUACUAACUCGGUCGAUCAUGUUGCACAUUCCAUCGAGGGAAGGAGAUCCUUCUACCUCCUGUGGGAAGAUGAAGUAGCAGGAAAAUUGAUUAAACAGGUCCUGUUUGGUAAUUACCUCUUCGUAGUAACAGCACAAAAAGGGUUAUACAUACUUAACGUGUUUCACAUAGAAAGCAGGUUGGUGCUUUACAACUUUGUCCUCCCAUUGACGACACGCGUCUGUGACAUCUGUGUCAUAAAGAACUUGCGUGUAGGGAGGGACAUCUACACCUUCUUCUACCUCCGUGAUUCUAAGAAGAGUUACUACAUUUACCAGCUACUGAAUUAUUGCACCGUUUCGUUGUUGUAUCAAUUGGAGACAGCAGAACUGGGUUUUGAAGUGCAAAGCGUCAGGAUGAACUUUAUUGAGAGGCUAAGCAGGAGUGGUUCUACCCAGGGGGGGGUAAAAAAGAGGAGAAAACGUCUAAGAUGUUUUGCGAAGUAUAUGCUAGCCAAACAGCGAAAGGGUGAUGUGGUUAGCGGAAAAAAGGGCAACCACAAGAGGGGUGGCGUCAGAGGGGGAAGUGCCCUAAACGGAUUCCUCAAAAAGUGCAAGAAGAAAAUAAAGAAGAAAAAAAAGACGAAGAAAAAGAAGAAAAAGGAAACAAAAAUGAAGACAAAAAAGAAUACGAAAAGGAAGACGAAAAAGAAGACGAAAAAGAAGACGAAAAAGAAGGCGAAGCCCAGUUGCGGGGUCAUACCCAAGCAGAAGGGCAUUAAGAAGCUAAUAAAAUACAUGACCUUUUAUGAAUACCCCAGUGAAAGUAACCACGAAGGGGAAGAUCCAGAGAAGGUGAAUCCCAAUUGGGUGGAAUUGUCUCAUAACGUAGGGGGGAUAGAAAUGGAGGAAGCUUCCUUGGGGGGGGACACUUCCCAUUUUUGCAUCGGGGGAAAUGCGGACGUGGGAGAAGACCAGACGAACGUUAAUACCUACCAGGAGGGGGUAACCAUUAGGCCGCCCUCAGGUGAAGCUGAUUAUGAGCACCAUGUGAGAAGCGAAAGUGGCGGUGAUGUGGAUCAUAUUGAUGGGGUGGACGACCCCCCUGUGGAGGACGACCUCCCCUUGGGAAGCAGCAGCGCCAACUUUGGGGACACCAAGUGGGAGGAAGAAAAGGUAAUUCCUUCCUCCCUCUACCCUGCGAACGAAUCGGACCUGUGGACUCAUUAUCCAGUGCACCCCGUAACAGAAGACGGUGCAGAAGUGCAUUACUUAGUGGGUGACCAAAAUGGGUGGAACUGGUUGCAGCGUCCCACGAAGAGACAGAUGGAUGACGCGUUUGACAGGAACAUACACGGAAGUGACCUUUUGUAUGAUUCGAUUUAUAGGAAGAAAUGCUUCCUCUACAGCUACAUGUGUAUUUUUAUAUACUUUAACAAUGGGAUGAUUUUUCUGGUUCGAAGGAACUUGAUUGCGAAGGGGGGACAAGGUGCGGCUCACCAGAUGAGUAACCAGGCAACUACCCUUUCGCUAACCGAGGAGCUGUGCCAUGAUGACGGGGUUACCCUGGCAACCCGUCUGGACAACGUCUACUAUAACAAGUCGCUUUACUGCGAUGUGCAGAUAGAGGAGGUAGACACUGUCGACUUUAGUAUGGUCGAUGCUAGCAUGGUGGACGAUGGCGCCGUCCAGGGUGGCAGCCUCCUCAGCAGAAGCGCUCAUAGUGUAAGAAGGAACCCACACAUCGGCACCUGCGAAGACCUGCACGCAAUACAAAAAGAGGGACUAAAGAACCUGUACACGUAUAGCAACUUUUUUAGCGUCUACGAUUUCGAUAUAAAGGAGCUACUCGGAAGUGACGACAUUUUUGAGGAUAUAAAGGGGGGGAGUAAAAUGAAAAAGAAGAAGAGUCGGAUGAAGAAGAAAAACAGGACAAACGGGAUAGAUCUGCACAGAGGAAGAGAAGACCCCCAGGAGUACUGCUCAGAUGCAAGAAAUAGCUCCACUACCAACACAGCAUCUGACCUCUCCCAAAAUAUGACCCUAGCCCAUAAGAUUUACACCAUUGUGAGGAAUAAAAAUUGCCUUUUAAAAGACGCCAUUCAUAGGGACAGUCGGGUGGAUCAUUUAACAAGUCCAGCAGAAGAGGAAGAGUUAAAGGAACCCCAUUUGAAAGAAGCAAUGUUCGAGGGAUGUGCCCAAUUGGGAGACAAAUGGAUAGAGACCCCCCAACUGGGAAGUGAAAAAGUGCCAUGCGUGAGUCCCCAACUGGAUGAGCCAAAUAACCAUCCCCACGCACACAGUAGUCCAACGGAAGGACAUCCCCUUCCCUGGAGUGACUACAAUGAAGACCUGCCCGACGGGCUGACGAAGCCCCAAGAGGGGGAGGAGCAGUUCCAGUCGGCCGAAGAGCGAAGCGGCAGCAGGGAAGGCAAGAACGAUGGUGACUGUGUAGACUUCCAUGAUGGUGACAGCGACGCAGACAUAAAUGGUUCAGAUUGCGCAGACUUCAGUAGUUCAGACUGCGAAGACAUGAAUGGCUUAGACAGCGCCCUGGGGAAGAAACCCAAUGUGUACCUCAAGACGGUAAAGUUCCUGGAAACGCAAAUGCGUUACAGCAUCUUACUAAUGAACAAAAGGAUCUUUUUAAAAUAUCUACACGAAUAUCUGAAGCUGCUGCUGGAGUAUGUAGACAUCCAGAGGAUUCAGCAGAUCUUCCAAUAUUUCAUCCACGCAACAUUGUACCAUUCGCAAGCCUUCCUGUCCGAUUUACACAUUUUUUUAGAAGGCAUGGAGCAACCCUACUGGGUGGAUACGAAUGCGUUACUAUCCAUGAAUGUGCAUUUCUUCUUUUUGGUUCUGUUCAUUUAUCACAACUUUUUACUGCCCAUGUGGAGGAAGGUGAAGAGGAAGAGGAGGAAGGUCGGCAGCCAGGUUAAUCCUCGCUUCCAACCCUUUCUGGCCUUCCUGAAGGAGGCGCGAAAUUUCAUACGUCACAUCCAGAGGACCUUCCAGCACAACUUUCGUUACAUAGCAUAG